AUGAAGUUGCUUGCUGCUCUCGUCCACGCCGCCGCCGCCGCCUCGUCCCAAGCGGGGGCUGGCCCACUUGCGCUAGUGUUUGACAGUCUUGCGCCGGAUCCACUCGUCACGGAUCCACUCGCCUUGGGCGAAAUUAUCGCCAAAUACGAAAAAUCGGGAGUUCAAUUCCGCAGCCCUCUGGCGAAAGAUGGUUGUGAAGCCGCUGCUUACAAUGGAGUCAUCGACUGCAACCUUGGACUGAAACUUGAAUUUGUCAACUUUACCAUCCGCACGAUCCACGUUCCCACCAACGCGUCGCUGUGGCUGCAAGCUGACUUGUGCCCUUCCGUCGAAGGUAACUAA